AUGACCAAUGUAUCUCUUUCAGAUGACGCUACAAGAAAUGCGGAUCUUCAUUUACAUACAAUUUAUCCGCCACCAGAAACACUGGGCUUUAAAAUCCCAAAGAUAGUCUUGUAUUGUUCGAUACUCCUCAUCUGCACAACUGGAAAUGCAAUGCUAAUAGCGGUAAUUCUUAGCUCAAAGCGCAUGAGGUCUCUGCCAAGUAACAUUCUCAUUUUAAAUCUGGCUUUUGUUGACUUAUUAACCUUGAUUAUGAGUAUUCCCUUUGAUGUUGUGGUGGAAGAGAACCACUACAUCUGGCCUUAUGGAGAUGCUUUGUGCAAGCUGUUGUUCCCUGCAGCUACUCUUCUUUCCACUUGUUCAUCCCUCACUUUGGCCGCCAUUUCGCUGGAUAGAUACCGGACAUUGCUUCAUCCUUUUAAAUCAAAACUCUCGGUGAUCCAAGUAAAAUGUAUCCUUGUAGCGGUGGAUUGUGUUUCUGUUUUAUUUGUUGUUCCAUACGCCGUGUUCCUUGGAUUACAGAACAAUAUUUGCAUUGAAGAAUGGCCAGGGUUUUUGUAUCGACAAAUUUACACAGUGUUUUUGGUCUCUGUGCAGUACGCGCUUCCUUUGCUGUUCAUGAUGACUAUGUACAUUCUCGCUUCUUCGAAACUUUACACUGCGACCAAGAAUGUAAGAAAAAUGUCAAUCUCCCUUGAAAAUGACAGACGCCCAUCCACGUCCUUCAGAGAACGUCUCGUGCGCCGAGAAAGCUUUGCCGUGAGCCAAGAACAAAACGUGAAAGUCACAAAAAUGUUUGUAAUUAUCGUCGUUGCAUUUGCCAUCUGCACCCUUCCUAACCAAGUGCUGUGGUUAUGGAUCGAUUUUGGCAAGAACGGUGAUGUCACCUCCCUUACGAAAGAGAUUAUAAUCUGUCGGUUCUUCACUUACACUAACGGUUGCCUAAACCCUAUUAUAUUUUUCACAUUUAGACGCGAUUAUCGUCGCGGUUUGCAUAAAAUCCUACGGAGAAUGACCGGGAGAAGACCAGAGACAAACUUGGAGAGGAUACAAAGACUUUGGAGCAAAUUUGACGUUACCCCGCAGGUUGGCGGCGACACGAAGCUUGCGCGCCAGAGGAAAAUGGGAAUUCAGGAAAGCGGUCCACUCGUUGAUCAAAAUAAUCCUAAAUUUUCUAUCGAAACAUGUAGCAAAUCAACACUACAGUCACAACUACACAAACGUGAAUCUUGCCAGGCAGAGCAAGCGCUAAAAGCCCGCCAUGUGAUUUCAACUACAAGUGCAAGAAAAGUGUCUCAAGAUGAAAGCAUAGCAACUUCGUGGGUUUAG